AUGGCGACUGUCGAUUCUCUAACUCCAAGCGGAGAUCAAUCAAGCUUUAAAGCUCUGCCACAGCCUCCGUCCAGCAUCGUCCGUGACCAAACAUCGUCGUUUCAGUCGCAAACACCAGAAGCUCCGGACGGCGAUGAGAGGUCCCUUCCAAGGCCCGAUUCUCUCCUUGCACUGGUGCCUGACCGUGCUCCACCACGGAAAUCUGUGCUGCUCGAGCAUCUGAGGAAACCAUCUGCUGGUGGUUCUUCAAUAUACUCUUCUUCACAUACAGUCGGGACAAUUGGGACCCGUCGUAGCUGGACAAACUCUCCGGAACGAAUGGAGUCCGCAAGCUCUCUCGUAUGGGAAGAGGAAGAGGCCGCUAACACACCCGAGCCUGACUCACCAGUGCUGGGAAGUAAGCAGGAGGACCACUUUGAGUUGGAGGAGAUUCUCAAAUCGACACAGAUAAUGCACUCCAAUUCCAUUUCAAGUACAACGUCAUCAGGGCGACCAGAGCUGUGGCGUCGUAGGUCCCAAAGAAGUGACCGGAGCGUCAAAAUUACCGAUUUGAAGUUGGCAAAUAGUAAUGGUUUCACAGCGAGCCAGCCUUUGAGGCAGGCAGCGGCGGCGUCUGAUGCUCCUCAAAUUCCUCUCCCAGCGGUUCCAAGGAAAGCAUCCCAUCGACCCGCAGUAGGGCUCCACUCACGUCCGACACAAUUUAUCAAUGAGAAGAACAUGCAGUCAAAUGCACAGCCUGAACAAGGCGCACGACAAUACAGUCAUCACACGACGCAGUAUUCACAGCUUGCGACAGGACCAGCUCCAUACUACCUGCCGGCUAUGCAAAGUCAGGACAACCUGGAACAAACACAGCCUUUCACAACAAAACAGCGUGUGAGGGAGCCAGUCGCUCCCCGUCCAGCUCCGCCACAGCCGGAAACCAUGGGUGGGCGGCUCUUGAACUUUAAGAACAAGUUUCGCUCUACAGAGCAACUUAACCAACAUAGGGAUAUCCAGACUCCAGGCCACACUUCACAAGGAUCUCUUGACACUGUUCGCCCCAAGCCUACUGGCUUAAUGGGUAAAUUUCGUGGCACAGAGGAUGAGAGCGUGCCAGCUCCCUCAGAGACCAAAGGGGGUGGCUCCGCAUUCUCAAAGAUAAAGCACAAACUUCGCGCAUCCGACAGAGAAGAUAACUCAUCACCAGACCUCCCGUCGCCAGAAGGAUCAGGCUGGAACCUGUCAAAGCUGAAGAGCAAGCUUCGCAACUCCGGAAACACAGAUGAGGCCGCACCAUCCACACCAACACGCACCCAGCCAAUAAUCACACGGCUCCCUACUCCCGACUACCAAAAACAGGACCCAGCACCCGCCCCCCUAACACCACUCAUCCACUUCCCCUACUCCCCCCAAAUCUCCCCCAACGACCCAUCUUCCCGCCCCGGUUCCGGCCACGGCAGUCGCCCACCCAGCCGCGGCAGACAAUUCUCCUUCUCGCAACGCCCGAAACUUCCACCGGCCGAUGCAUCGACAUCAAGCAUCCAGACAAUCGCAAGUGUAUCUAUCCUCGACGGGAAAACUUCCCCAGUCGACCCAGCGCAAGCACACAUCCACCCUCUCCUCCGCACCAAGACCAGCCCCUCCGCCACCGACCUAUCUCUACCCACAACCUCCGCGGCACCUCCACCCCCACAGCCCCCCACCAUCGCCAUCUCAAGCCCCCGCUUCUCUCCCCCAGCUACACGCGAACCACCCCGUGGUCGCGCGGCAAGCCCCAAGCCACUCGCCCCCAUCGUCAUGGGCACUGCCAAAAACAGCGCCCCAGGCUCUAAAUCCCUCAGCCCCAUCACCACCUGCCAACCACCCAGCCCCUCAACCCUCAGCCCCGCCUCAGAAAGCAGCUACAAACUGCAAGUCCCCGGCGAGAUUAGCAAGCGCAUGACUACCAUCCUGGAGUCCUCGCCCUUCCUCCAGAUCGCGUCAAGCGACCCUGAUGACGAGGUGGUGUAUGAGGCGCUCCCGCUGGGGGAGAUGCAGGUUAGUUGUUAUCAGGGGCAUCGGGUGAUGCACCGGAGUAGGAAUGAUGUGUAUGCGCUUGCGUGUGGGGUGUGUGGGAUUAAGGAUCGCGAGGGACGGUGGUGUUGUGCGUGGUGUGCGGUGAGGUGUUGUGAGGGGUGUUUGGAGAAGGUUAAGGGGCAAGGGUUGGCUGGUGAGAAAGUUAUGCGGGGGGGGGGUAGUGUUGGGAGGGCGGUGGUGAGUGUUUGA